AUGCCAUUGUCCAUUGAAAAUUCUUCUAAUAUAGAAACAUCGAUUGCUAUAGAAUUAUGCCAAUAUCAUCCAUAUUAUUUACUUGGCGAGACUAUUUGGAGAAUAGGUGCACUCUUAUGUGUUUUAUUAGGUAUGCCUGGUCAUGUAAUUGUUGUUAUUAUUAUGCUCAAUUCAAGAAAUCGAAGACAACCUGUUUGUCUAUAUUUUGCAACAAUUGCUAUUUUUGAAUUUAUUUAUCUCAUAAUUGUUUUCUGGUUAUGGUGUGCCUCAUUAUCAUUAGUUCGUGAUCCUCGUGCUGUUUUAACAUGUGGAGUCUAUUAUAGUUUAACAAUUGGUUCAUCAAAUGUUUCAACACUAUUACUUGCAGCUGCAUCUAUUGAUCGUCUUCUUAUUGUUGUUUAUCCUAGUCGUUAUUCAAUAUUUGUAACACGAACAAAAGCAUUAGUUAAAAUCAUAUUCAUUAUAAUAUUUGUUUUUAUUCUUAUAAUUCAAUAUCAUUUUUCAUUUUAUUAUUCUUAUUUAUAUAAUAUUUGUGAAUAUUAUUCAUAUGCACAAUUAUGGCAUGGAAAAAUUUGGCCACUUAUACGUCUUGCUCUAUUAGCAUUUGUUCCAUGUCUAAUUAUAUGUAUUUGUUCGUUUGUUAUAUUAAAAAAUCGUUAUUAUCGUCGUCCAUCAGCAACAAGUGAAACAACAGGUACAAGACAUAUGCGUACAGCUUCACUUUUACUUGUAAUAUAUUCAAUAUAUUAUACAAUAAGUGUAAUGCCAUUAAAUAUUCUUCAAUUUUUUCAUUCAUAUUUUUUUAAUGAUGAUACAGCAGGAAAAACAACAGAAAUAAAUUGUUUAAAAUUUUCACAAUGGAAAAUGUUAAUGAAAUUUUGUAUGCUUUUAAUGGCAAUUAAUUAUUCAAAUAAAUUUAUUGUUCAUUAUCUUGUAUCAAUGCAAUUUCGUCGAUAUGUUUGGAAUUUAUUUAGAAAAAUAACUUCAAUUCCAGAAAGAAAUAAUAAACGUACGAGAAGUAUUGAAGGUAGUUCUUAUCUUUAA